UGUGACCAGUGUUCCUCCAAUGGGUCCUGUGAUGAGAUCGUUGAUGGGAAAAUAUGUGGAUGUCUCAAUGACUAUCCUUCUGAUGGAAAGUUCUGUCAGCCAAUCACAAAUCUUACUGCUUGUCCAAGUCCAACUACUACAGCAGAGCCAUCAACCAUUUCUGGCAGAAUUAUUGAAAUUGAGUUGGACAUGACAGAUAUUUCAGUUACAUUGAUAGAUGUACUUAGGGCCAGUGUGAGUGGCCUGACCUACCCUGUCCUGAUCUCCAAUGUGUUAAAUGUAACGGACGUGAACUUCACUACUGCAUGCUACCCAAACAACACAUGCAGAUGUGAGGAUCAGUAUGGUUGGUCAUGUGACCAGUGUCUCUCUUAUGGGUCCUGUGACAACAUCACUGAUGACUCCUGUGGAUGUAUCAAAGCCAUUCCCCCUUAUGGACCGUUUUGUCAGCCAAUCACAAAUCUGACGGCUUGUCCAACACCAUCUCCAACACCAGAAAACACAMUGAACCUACAAUUUACUAUGGCUAUCACAUUUGACUCUAACUUCAAUGAUGAAAAUAAUGCAAUGUUCAAAGAUAUUGAUCAAACUAUCAAAGUCAUAUAUAAAAGAAACAUGCAAGGCUUCAUAUCAGCAAAGUUAAAUAGGUUAAAGUAA